AAAGCACAAAGUAUCUGCAAGGAAGGCUGUCUGGGCUUUGCAAGGAGGUGAAAAGAAAACGUGCGCGAAGGCCAAUUAAAACGUAGGUGUCCUCCAGCAUCUGCUGUAAGUCACUGACUUUGGACUGCUUCAGACCAAGUGUACUUCUUUCGAGGCUGAUGGUGAAUGUGCUUCAGCCAGCCACAAAAGAUCGUAACAGAAUCACAUAUCCCCUUUGACCUAAGCUUCAGACAGUAUUCUGAUCUGAAAUCCUUGGGAAAGCAUUUUGAAGCUUUUCUCACCACAUUUUCCCUUCGCAGAAGCAUACCGCCAAAAUGAGUAGUGCAGAGCCUAACACCACAGAUUAUGCAUAUGAGACAGACUAUCUUUCUCUAAUUGCACAACCAUGUUCUAAGGGAGAAGUCAGAAACUUCACAAAAGCAUUUCUGCCAGUCGCAUAUUCGUUGAUUUGUAUCGUCGGCCUAGUUGGUAACAUCUUUGUAGUGAUGACCUUUGCUUUAUAUGAAAGAGCCAAGUCCAUGACAGAUGUGUACCUCUUCAACAUGGCAAUAGCAGACAUACUGUUUGUUCUCACUCUCCCGUUGUGGGCAGUGAAUUAUGCUGCAGAUAAAUGGAUUUUUGGUGAUUUCAUUUGCAAAAUGAGCAGAGGUAUCUACGCAAUCAACUUCAACUGUGGCAUGCUGCUUUUGGCCUUUAUCAGUGUGGAUCGGUACAUAGCUAUUGUACAGGCAACAAAGUCAUUUAAAAUCAGGGCAAGAACGCUAGCAUACAGUAAACUGAUUUGUUUGGCUGUAUGGGUAGCAUCAGUUUUAAUCUCCAGUUCCUCUUUCCUGUAUAGUGAAAGUUACAGCUUCUCCAUCAAUGAAACCAAAGAGAUUUGUGAUCACAGAUCUGACAGAACAUCCGAAAGCACCUUGCUGAAAUUACUGCUCCUGAGUUUACAACUUGGAUUUGGCUUUUUUAUUCCUUUCAUGUUCAUGAUUUUUUGCUAUACAUUCAUUGUCAAAUCUUUACAACAAGCUCAAAAUUCCAAAAGAAACAAAGCAAUCCGUGUGAUCGUAUUAAUUGUGGUUGUUUUCCUAGUUUGCCAGGUACCCCAUAACAUUGUUCUUCUUGUGACAGCCAUAAAUCUGGGCAAGAUGAACAAAUCUUGUGACAGUGAAAAGAAAAUAGCCUAUGCAAAAUACAUCACAGAAGCCAUAGCAUUCUUACACUGUUGCUUGAACCCUGUCCUCUAUGCAUUUAUUGGAGUGAAGUUUAGAAGUCACUUUGUGAAGAUAAUGAAAGAUCUGUGGUGCAUGAGAUACAAGAAAUACAACAGCCGUAGUUCAAAGACAAACUCUGAUACUUACCAUUCAAGACAGACUAGUGAAAUUCUGAGUGAUAACAUAUCUUCUUUUACUAUAUAACACAAUAUGAACAACAUUCUUACUGAAAGAUUCUGUUCACCGAGCAACCCAGACCACUCUCAUUGUGCGUAUGACAACCAGUCAUCUGUGCUUCUCUGCACCCCAAAGGCAAGCUCCCAUGAUCCACAGCUCCUUUCAAUAAAAUAACAUAAAGAAAAGACUAACGCUGUCCUCUGAAAAACUGAAAUCUUAUUCACCUAACAUCCAUGCUCUUCUAAAGUGCAAUCACUUAGAAUUAUCAGGAAGGUGAAGUCGAUCAAGGAACACUCCUCAUUUUGAAUAGAAACUGCCUGUCUCCUCUGUCUUACAUCACUGAAGUAUCCCAAAAGUACUAAAUAAAUGAUUCAGGUUAUGUCCAGGCUCAUUCUACUUACAUUUAUAUUGUUGCUGUUGAUUAUUUAUGCCUAGCAAUCCUAUUUAAGUGUGAGUCUCCACUCCGCUUGCAUUGUAAAUAGGUUGUACGGAGAAAAUACUAAGCUAAACAGAUGACAUUUUGGGCAAGGCCUGGCAAGAAAAGCUAACACACGAAGAGACGAAGAAACAAGCAUAGCUGGACUUAGAUUGUAGGUCUCGCAAGUCUUUGUCCAGUUCUAUGCUCCACCUGCUCAUCAGAUGCCUCUAAAUGGAGUUGCACAAGCUUACACCAAGAAUGAGGCUGAUCAAAGGCAAUAGUAACCUGUCUUCUAAAGAGAGUAUUAUGGAAAGAGGAAAAUUAUGAAAUAAAUAGAACACUGAAAUAUGCGCAAGAAGGUUUUUUGAUAGCUACUCAGAACAAAGAACAGAGAGAUUCUUCCUUUCAUUUAGCACCAGACUCAGAUCCUGGAAUUCAUUGAAGCUGAUCACUUCGUGUAAAUAUCCCCGUGAAAAGCUGAUUCUUCCCAGCUGAAAUUCACGCAUCACUUCUUUAGAAGAAGUAGACAAACUGAAGAACAGAACUGUGAUUGUUCAAAUUCCAACAUUUUUUGUUGCAACUAGAUCACUGUCAAAACUUGAUGCAUUUCUUGGUAUUUAGCAACCAUUAACAAAGUUUCCUUAGGAAUGCAUUUUUUAACACAAAUACACAUAUAUGAAAUUUAUUCUGUUAUUAGCUUCAGAAAUUACUAAGGACAAUAUCUAAAAGUAAGAGUAGAGUGUGACUUAAUUCGUCCAGAUUUUUACUGAACUGGUCAGCGUUUGACUCACAAUGAAUAUAGGAAUGUUUAUAAUAAAUGAAUAAUUUUUUUUUACUCAGUCGUGACUUUUUGGCAAACUGAAGCAUGUGUUUAAAAAGCACACACAGGAACACUCUCAAAACAGGCUAUGCUGAAACUGUUCUCCAGCAGAGAUGUGACUAGUGAUGUAGUUCAGCGUCACUUCUGUUCACUGAGAGAGCUUCACUGUACUAUGACAACGAUGAGGGGAACAACCUGGACUGCUGAGGAACUCAAACCCCCGACACCUAGACUAACAGAAAGAUGUUCUAGACAGGACUAGGAGCAGAUGCACUUCGAAGAGCUGGAGGGCAGAGCGGCAGGACAGAGUAGAGGACAAGCGCACCACUGCUACCCGUUUGCAGUCGGCUAAAGUGCCAGUCUUCCGCAGCUCCCCUGCAACAGGAGCGUGAGCCAUGGCAGUGUCUGGACUUGCUGUUACGUGGAAUUGUCCACUCCGACGGCAGUGUUAAUCAACACAAUUUGCAGCUUGCAGUUUGCCUUGGACGUUUUUUUUUGAACUCAUGACUGAAGGGAGAACGGACCAGAAACCACAUCCUCCACUGGCAAUGGAAGGGGCCAAGGACGGCAAUGCCGGAACUGAAGAAUACUUGAGGAUACGACAUGACAUGAAACUAGUACUGUUUUUACUGGUACAAUCCAUCCUUGUUUACAGUGCAGUGUGAGGUUUUUAAAUAUUAAUGUCGGGUGUGAUAAAGAUCAUAUGUAUUUAUCAUCAAUGACUAGUA